AUGUCUUUCCACCUUCUCCGUCGAGGCGUCCAGUUCGCCUCGUCCCAGCUGAACAACGACCCCGAUGGCGAGCCCAAGAAGAUCGAGCUCCGGUCGGCUCCUCUUCUGGCUGUGUUCUCCGUCGUUGCUAUUGCGUUGAUCCUGGUUCUGAUUUUUGUGGACUACACCUACGGACAUGUCGUAUCGACCCUGGCGGCUAUCGAAGACACUCAUCCUGACGUCUACGUCCGCAUCGAUAACGAUGAUGAUCUCAAUAAGCCCCUUGAUGCUGCAGACUCCGAGGCAGCAGGAGCGGUCGAGAACCAGCCCAAGCCCAUCACCAGCAAACUCCGCACGACCAUCAAGCAUCUCCGCGCUCGUGCUGGCCCGUGGUCCAGGUUCCGCGGCUUGAGCAUGUAUCUCGUGUAUCAUGCUGUCAGGUCCCUCAUGGUGAGGCUGUUCCUCUUCGGCUCUCAGCAUUACUUCCUACGGCUUUUCGUGCAUCUGGGAGUGGACAUCCUCCUGGCCAAUCUGCAGGUAGCCUGGGUACACAUUGUGAUCUCCGAACCAUCUCCCAAGCGCUUCUAUCAGCGCAUCCCAGGACCCAAGGAAUGGCGCAAGUUCGUUCCCGUGGUUGCUCUCCAGGCUCUCGCCAUCCGCGCCGCUUUCUACGUCCCCAUGGCUGUGAUCCAGCUCUUUGGAGGUGUUGACACUUCUGAAGCCUCCGUGUCCAACAUGUGCAAGCUUUCCGCCAUCCUGGCCGGCCCGGCGCUUUUGGCAAUCCUUGUGGCCGUCCCGGUUCAUGCGGUCUUUGUUCGUGUCGCUGCAUCGACGCUACCGGAGGAGUGCGAGACUAUUGUCCCCUUUGACAGGAGCUUUGGCGGGAAGGUUGUCCCUGCCAUUCUGGGCGGAAGUGGAGCUGUCAGCAUCGCAGAUGCGUGGAAGACCUUUGACUGGCCUGCUCGUAAGCGCUACUUCAAGGUCAUUGCUAAGGUGUUUGCCAUCAAGACUGCUCUUGUGGUUGCCCUUGGUGGAGCCUUUGCCGGCCUGGCUUUUGCCGCUGGAACCGAUGCUAUUCGUUCCCUUGAGCCCGGCAGUGCUUAG